CACAGACCAUGGUUCCACAGCUAAAAUGGUUCGUAUAUCGAAGUAAGUGCUUACGUUUUGCUGAUAAGAAACGACCAAGGUAACGAAUGAUCUCCUAAGUGUAUUCGUUUGUAUAUUAUUUAAAAACGAUAAUUGGCUACUGCCUUUUUAUCGCACAAAGUAUUGUCACGUUCUUUUUAGUAUGUGUACAAGAACCCAAAGUAAACUAUUUUCCAAAACGACUUAUAUGUAAGUCUACGGGAAGAUUGCAAUGGAUCCUAAGACAGAACAGAAAAUAUUUAAACGAACACAAUGGCCUCAAUGGCUCGCUGGUAUCGGAACCAAUCUUCUGCUUUUACAAAUAGGAAUGAUAGUGAUGUGGAGUUCACCGUAUUACAAAUAUCUGACUUCACCCGAAAGUGACAUACCCGUGACAAUGGAUGAAGCUUCCUGGAUAGUCUCUAUAUUACUUAUAGGAAAUAUGAUUGGCGCUCUUUCUAGUGCUGUUAUUAUGAACUAUUACGGUACUGCAAGAGCGGUCUUGAUGAUGAGUUUGACAAUAACUGCCAGCUGGCUUUUUAUAGCUGUAGCUAACGAAGUGGCAUGGUUGUACGCAGCCCGAAUACUAGCUGGCAUUAGUAUGGGACAGGCAUACCUCUAUAUCCCGUUUUACCUUAGCGAGAUUGCAGACCCUACUAUUCGCGGAACUCUUGUUGCCUUAGCUACAAAUGGAACAUCAUUAGGCAACAUAAUGAUGUCCACGAUGGGUGCGUAUUUAAGGAUGGAGGUGAGCGGUAUCAUAUGCUUUGUCAUCAGUUUAGUGCCGUUAAUUAUCAUCUUCUGGUUGCCGAACACACCGCAUUAUUUGGUCAAAAUCAAAAAGGAGGAUAAAGCGCGAGCCUCGAUACUCUGGUAUCAUCGUGAUUGCAAUGUGGAAUCCGAGUUGCAAACGCUGAAGCUCUUCCUCGAAAAGAAUAAAUGUCUAUCGUUCGCAGACGUUAUAAAGGAAUUCAGAAAUCCGUGUGUUUGGAAAGCACAAGUACUCGUGUCUAUGCUCAUCAUAUAUUUUGAAUUAAGCCAAAGCUACUUGUUGUAUUACAUGGAGACCAUCCUACAAGACGCUCAAGUGACUGUUAUAGAGCCGUCAGUGAUGGUAAUCGUCGUUAACGUUACGGGAUUCGUCGGUUCCCUGGUUUCUAUGUUCCUGAUCGAUAAGUUCGGCAGGCGAAUUCUGAUGAUCAUCUCCAGCUUGGGCCUAACGAUCGCGUUCAUCUGCUUAGGUGUACAAUAUCAACUUCUCGACGCGGGCUACGACCCCACCAGUUUUCAAGCUUUACCAAUUUUCGCGAUGUUGCUCUUUGCAAUGUCCUCAUUUAUCGGCGUCAUCCCAGUACCGAACGCGGUAAUAAGUGAGGUCUAUCCACCACAUAUUAAAUACAUAGCCAGCUGUUUCACCAUGGUUGUCGGUGGGCUAAUCGCUUUUGUCGCCACGUCGACAUAUCUCCCUUUAGUUAAUUUGAUCACGGAAAAGUACGUGUUCUAUGCGUAUGCUUUGAUACUAGUAACCGCCGUACCAUAUAGUUAUUUCUGUAUGCUUGAGACUAGGUGCAAGUCGUUACAGCAGAUUCAAGAAGAAUGGAAAAGUUAAACAGAAUGUUUCAACCGGAUGAGUCAAAUACAUUUAUUAUCGAAUUCUUCAGAUCUCUAGAAAUUUGAAACAAACUCGUUUUUCAUGUUCAUUACGAAACAUUUUUCGUGUCGACAGCGAUACUAAGUAAUAUUAAUAUGACAAAUAAUGAUUUAACAAAUUAAAAUCAUAAAGCAAAAUAUUUUUAUUUCAUCUGAGCAUAGGUAACUUAUUUAACUGUGUAAUAUAAACCAACGUGGAUUAACGAAAAACAUCUGACAAAUAUAUAACGGUACUCACUUCUACUCAUUGUAUAUCAUCUUAGCACAUGUACAAUUAUGCUGUAUGGGGCCAUGAAAGCUCGCGAUAGUGCUGGAUUAUUGGACGUGUUGAAUGAUCCAAGGGUCGGAUUAACAUUAUACGGUAAAUAAAUUCAUGCUUAGCUCUAUACUUUUUAUCACUACUUUUAUAAUAAAAUUAAAAUAAAUAGCUUUGAUUUAUAACUAUUUUAACGGUUUCAAA